UUUGGAACCCACACUUUUGAGCGCUACUAAAAGAUUCAAGCAUUGCUCGUCUCUAGCUUGCCUUAGAGGUUUGUACCACGUCUGACCAUUGAAAGAAGAAAAUAAGAAAACAGGCAUGUGUUUCACAGACUAACUUCAAAAUUGAAGAAGAUAAAAGUGUGUUUAAGAGAGAGCAUUUGGAUUUGAUCAAUGUCAGUUAACAUGAACACCAUGCUGAAUUUGUUGAAAAGGUAUUAGAAAAAGAAAAUGAACAAAGAAUAUCAGAAAUCGGAGAAAGACAAAUCUGGUGAUACUUCUGCAAUGGAUGAGCACGGUAAGGCAACCAACAAACAUGAUAUCACAGACAAAAUUUUUAACCAACCAGAGUCUGAAAAUUCACACCAAAAUAAGAUAUAUCCAGGCAUUGAAACUGCUUGUGCAAACUUCUUAAAUGACAGAAAGAAAGAUUGCUUCAAAGUAUCAAAUGGUGAAGUGGUAGACUUAUUCCAUUCUAUUUAUGAAGAAUUUAGUAAAGCCAAGAAUGAACAAAUACGGAAGAAGGUAGGGAGCAUACCUGACAAAAAACAGAAAUUACAUGAAAUUAUUUGUUCAAAAUUGAGAUUCCCCCAAGGAAGUGUUUUAAGAGGCAGUUUUAAUAUUUGUAGUUUUAGAAUAGAUAUAGUUGAGGAUUCCGAUAGAGAUAUGCUCCAGGAAAAAUGUGUAUCAAAUAAUCUCACACUUGAAUAUGUAUUAGCAGCCGAUCAAAAACUGAAAGAAAUGAGUCAUCUUGGUAGAACUGAAAAACUCUGUAGAGUUCUUUGCAAGAAAGUUGGAGUUGAUGAAGAAAUGGUAAACAAAUUCUCGCUUGAGUUAAAAGUUAAGAAACAGGACAGAAUUCUUAGAAGAUUAAAAGAAAGUAGUGGAAAGAAGAAAAUGGAAACUAUGAUGAAAUCUAUUUUUUAUCUUCCAUUGAAGAAAAAGGAUUUAUUAAAGGAAUUGCAAAAUACACCAGAGAAUUUUGACUUGGACUUCUUACAAAAUAGAAUUACAGAACUUACAAAUGGUUUACUGGUUGAUAUAUUUCAAGCAGUGAAAGGUGAUCGCAAACAGCUUCGUAGUGUUUUGUGCAGUCAGUUCGCAAAGCUGUGGUCAGUCAAAGCCAAAACUUUAAAUGAGCGAGUAAUCAAAACUGUGAAUGAAGCAGAAAGGCUGAAGGAAUCUGGGCAGGAUAAGGAAUUGGAGAUAUUCUUGAAUUUGCCUUUCUUUGAAACAAUUUACUCUGUUAGUUCAUCACCAUUUCAUACACAGAUGAAAGAAACUGAACAUGAUACCAGACCACCUGUCAGUUGUACAGGUACAGAGAAUGAAAAUUAUUCCCAGGGUUCGGUCUCACAGGCUUGCCCUGCAGGAACUCAGAUUAAACCGGAAAUUACAGAUACAGACAAUGAAAAUGACAGUCCUCUAUAUAAUCUAGAUGACUGUAUUGAAGGAGAAGAUAAUCCUAGUCUAAUAUUAGAUGUUCACCAAGAUUAUGAAUUGGAGGAUACAACAACCAGCAAGAAAAGACGCAAAGCUUAUGAUAAUGCUUUCAAACUCCGUGUUGUUCAGUUUGCUGAGAAUAAAAGUAAUCGUGCUGCUGAGAGAAAAUUUGGUGUUAAGGAAAAGUCUGUACGCUACUGGCGCAAAGCAAAAGAUAUAAUACAGCAGAGACCACAGAAUAUGAAGAAAAACCGUAUUUCGAAAAUAAAAGACCUAGAAAUGAUAGAAAAAGAUUUAUGUAAAUGGUUUUUGUAUUAUCAAGGUAAAGGUUCUAUUAUUGGUAAGAAAGAAAUUAUGUCAAAAGCAAAGAUGUUGUCUAAAGAUCCAAAAUACAAAAUAGACACCAAGCGUUACUUUUUUGGAACUACGUGGUGUACCAACUUUUUGAAAACAUACAAUCUAAUACUUAGUCGAAGUAAAAAAAAAUCAGUGGGAAAAGAAACAGCUUCUGUCAAUACAAAAUUCAACGAUGGAAAUUCGGAUGAAUCCAGUAGAUCAGGAGAGGAAAUAGAUGAAGACAUUUCUGAUACUGAUGAAAGUGAUAGCGAAUCAGAGAAGAUAGGGACUGAUGACUUUGUUUGUAAUGAUGAUGAUUCUGGUGAUGCAUCAUUUGAUGAGAUUUGUAAUGGUGUUGGAGAACAAGAUGCAGUUGAGAAAGAUACAAGUAAUGGAAAAAGUGAAAUUGUUGUAGAUGAUGAAACAACUACAAACUCAAAUGAAUGUGAAGUGGAAUUAGAUGAAUUUAGAGAUAGUCAAGAAGUUGAUAUUGAAAACAAAUUGCACUUUGAUUCUGAAGGUGUACCAGCAACUGAUUCUGAAAGUGUACCAGCAACUGUUGGCAAUUUAUCUGAAGAUUCUAUUGUGUUGGAAAGUAGACAUACAGAAACAGAUCAUGAUAAAAAAUGUUCAGAAACAGAAGAUGCAUUUAUUAGCAAAGGACAAAAAAGAAAACGCUCUUAUUUUGGCAGUGCAUUCAAACUUGAGGUGAUACAGUUUGUAGAGAAAUCGGGUAAGAGAGCCGCAGAGGAGAAGUUUGGAAUAACUGAAAGUCUGUUAAAUGAAUGGUGUAAUGCAAAAGCUUCUAUUGAAGAGAAAGCUAAGAAUAAAAGGAAAACCAGACAUCCACCAAAGUUUGAAGAAGAUUUAGUUUUAUGGAUCCAAGGUAUGCAAGAAAGUGGUUCUGUAAUUACUGCAAAGUUGGUUGCUACAAAGGCGAGGGCAUUACGUGAUGAAGGGAAGUAUGAUAUGGAUCCUUUUGACUACAAAUUUUCAGAUAGUUGGGCUCAUAAAUUUUUGCGGAGAUACGGGCUGAUUGUAGACAGAAAAAAGAAAAGUGUUAAUGAUAAAGUUGACAAAAAUGAUUCCAGAAAUAAUUCAAACACUGAUAUCCCACCUGAACUAUUAGGCAUACCAAACCAGUCAGGCAGCGAAACAUCCGAUGGUAAGCUAAGACGACAAUCAUACGAUAAUGCAUUUAAAAGUAGUGUUAUCAGCUUUGCUGAAAGUUCUAGUAAUGUUUUAGCAGUGCGAGUGUUUAAGAUUUCUGAAAAGCUUGUUCGAGACUGGAGAAAAUCAAAAGACUCUAUUGUAAAUGGGCCAAAGGACAAAAAGCGUCAUGUUACAGGACAUGUGCCAUUUGAACAGCUGGAAAAAGAUUUAGUUUCAUGGUGUGAAAGUUUAAAGAGAGAUGGGAAAAAGCUCUCAAGAAGUAUAGUAAUGUUGAAGGCAAGACAGUUGGCUAAAGAAGGAAAGUAUAAUGUAGAUACUAGUGAGUUUAAGGCAUCGUAUGGAUGGUGUACUAAUUUUUUUAGGAGAAAUGGUUAUGUGUGUGAAGUUGGCGAUAGGAGAUUUCGUGCAGGACGCCAGCAGGAAAAGCUGAUAUCAGGCCAUGAAACAGAAGUUACAGAUCAGGAAGACUAGUUGUUAAUGUACCUCUUUUGAUUAGUUAAGUCAGACUGCAUACAUUAAAACACCACUUGCCUGAACAUCUGUACUUUGAUCACUUUGUCUGGCAUUUGCUGUUUACCUCAUAAUUUCUCUCUGAGAUACAUGUAACUCGAAAACCAGGAAAUAGGGAACAUUUUGCUCAUCUCAUUUUGACCUCGGGUUAGUCCAACUAAUUUGACGUGAUCCUAGGAUAUAUUGAGAUGAUUUUUUCAUAUGGGCAAUAUCCCCACAAGUGUCAAACACUCGAAAGACCAAAAUAGUCGAAGCAAUUUCUGAUGAAAUUUUCAUCACUGCCAACGCUUUACAUACUGUAGGUUUAAAUGCUGAUAAUUUCUCGUAUUGGCUGUAAAUUCAAAUAAAACUUACAUGUAUCUAAAGGGGAUUUAAUUCCUGAUAGAUUUAUGUAAAAUUCUCAAAUAAUAUCCAAAAUUACUAAUUUAUGUAUGUACUGUACAUGAUUAAUGUUUACCGUGUCUGCACAAGAGUUGAAACCAAUAACUUUACAUGACUGUACUGUGAUUUAUCUUCCAUUAUUUGGUCCUUCAAAGUGUUUACAUGACUGUGUACUGUGAUUUAUCUUCCAUUGUUUGGUCCUUCAAAGUUUUGAUGUUUAGAUUGCCCGUCACAAAUAUAAAACAAUCUGAAUGUCGAAUUAUGUUUGACUAUACCUCAGGUGAUCUGUGUUUUAUUGUACUGACAAGCAAUUCGCUGACCAAUAGAAAGCAGUGCUAGUCGAGAUAAUCAAGAAAAAAAUAGACUUAAUUGUUCAUGAAUAAUGUAUUGUGAAAAGUUUGUGCUUUCAGAAGUUCAAUGUAUCUUUCAACACUUUAAGAAAAUUGUUCACAGUUUAUAGCAAAAUCUUUACCUGUAUUUAAGUGUACUAACUUAUGUAUGUAUCUUUCUCAUAAGUUUAAGAAGCACACAUGGUUGGGAAGUUUACUGAAGCUAUUUAUAUUAACAAAACUUACAUAUAACAAUAGCUGGUGAUCUUUCUGUCGGUGCUGUCUGCUCAAUUUGUUUGUAUGCAAAUUUAUCUCCAGUGAAUAUCCAGGGUUGGCAUUAAAGCGGGAAAUACUCAUAUUUCCCAGGACGGUGAGAAAUACAGGGAAUUCCCAGGAUAUACUGGUAAUUCCCCGGGCAAUACUGGGAAAUAUGAUUCAGACCAAUAUAUUUUAUUCUUAAGAACAGCUAUACACCCUAGAAUAUUUUCAUAAUCCCUUUAUACCAAUCCAUUUGUGUUAACAUUCAGGUGAGUAGUCAGUGACAAUACACUCAUUAGUUGGUAGGUAUCAGUGACAAUAAUACACUGCCUCAUCCACUGGUGUUGACUAUAUUACAUGUUACAAACAACUUAAUAGCACCCGUUACAUAUUUCAAUAAAUCAGUACAAAAUUCAAUUUAUAUCUCUGAACUUUUAACUAGCUAUAAUAGAUGUCCUAUUAUGUGUACUGCUUGCUUUUUCACGUAUAUGAGCCGCGCCAUGAGAAAACCAACAUAAUGGGUUUGCG